AUGUUCUGGAAUUUAUACGCUACUUAUACCUUAGUAAUUACUUUAUUCAGUAGUAUAAAACAUACAUCUAAUUCACCGUUACAUUCAAGAGAUUAUGUGAAUUCUAUUGAUCAUUCUAAAUUUGACAAUAUAAAUAAUGAAGAUUUAUUAAUACAUGAUGUAUUACCUUAUAUUCCAACAUCAGUUGAACCGUCGUCGUCCUCGUCGUCAUCAUCGUUAUUAUUGCCGACAAUAAGGUCAGUAUCAUCAUCUAUUUCAUCAAUACCAAAUGAAGAAGAACUAUUACGUUUACAAUUAGCAUUAGCUUUACAAAUUGAUUCAGAAGUGAAUAAAGCAAUUCAUUUAGAGAAUGCUGCUAGUGAAUCAAUUCAACAAGCUGAUUUAUUAAAUAAAGCAUCUGAUGAAGCUAAAUAUCGUGCUCAACUUGUUGGACAAAUAUUGAACUCAUUAAAACAAUCAUGGAAUACUACUAGUACUGAUAAUAAUAACAAUAAGGAUAAUAUCAUUGAUAAUUUUUCAAAUGAUGAUAACAUUCAUGAGAAGCGAGCAUUUAUAGAAGUGCCGAAAAUAAAUCAAGACUACUUACUUGAUGAAGAAGUAGGCGAUCAAAUCAUUACUGAUUAUAAUGAUAAUAAUAGAGAAAAACGUAACCAAGACCAUCGUGGACAUCAUCAUCAUCAUCACCAGCAGCAGCAGCAACAGCAUCAACGUUAUGAUAAUAUGAAGAAAAAGAGAAAUCUUUUCCCUAUACCUAAUCCACAUAAUGAAUUACAUGUUCAACACUUAUAUGAUUAUCCUCUUCAUGAAUAUAUCGAUGAUGAUAAUGAUGAUAAUGAUGGUGAUGAUGACGACAACAAGAAUAUAAUACUAAAUGAUUCUGAACAAAAUAUUCAAAAACAAUUAACUUUAGAAAAGAUACGUUUAUUAAUUUUAAGACAAUUAAUAAAACAACAAAGAGAAUCAAAAGAAAAAGAACAAAAAAAAGAAAAAAAAGAGCAUAAACAACAUCAUCUUCAUCAUUAUGAUCAUUCUCAUGAUAAUAAUCAUCAUGAUUAUUUACAACUUGAUAAUAAUAUUAUCCCUUUAUAUAUGAUUAAUCAAUAUCCAAAUCUAUAUAUUGAUCGACCAAUAUGGAAAGAAUUAUAUAAUCAAUAUGAUAAUGAUCCUAUUAAUGAUAAACAAAUCAAUCAUGAUAUGAAUAAUAAUGAUGAUAAUAAUAAUUAUGAAAAGAAUCAUUAUGGAAUAAAAUAUCAUUUAUGGAAAGAAUCUCAAUUAAAUUCAUUAGAUAAUGAUGAUUCAAUACUAUUUUAA